AGCGUUGCAAAAUGACCGACCUCAAUACCAAUACGAUCACCACCAGAUCUUUGGGCAUUGGUUCCGAGGGUAUAAAGGACCAAUACGCGGACGGAAAAGCGGCCAAAGUUUGGGAAAUCUUCAUCGGAGACACGAAUUCCAGGACGCAAACCUACCGCAAUUUUCUGGUAGGUCUCCUGAGAGCCAGGGGAUGCAAAAGAAUAUUGGACGUAGCCUGUGGAACAGGGAUUGAUUCAAUUAUGUUGCUUGAAGAAGGUUUUGAAGUGAUAUCAGUUGACGCCUCAGACAAAAUGCUGAAGUAUGCUUUGAAAUCGCGGUGGAAUAGAAGGAAAGAGCCCCAAUUUGAUAGAUGGAUUAUUGAGGAAGCAAACUGGUUAACACUCUAUGAUGACAUCAAAGACCUCGUCGGAAAUGGUUUCGAUGCAGUUUUAUGCUUGGGAAACUCAUUCGCCCAUUUAUUAGACAGUUUUGGAGACCAACGAGAACAGAGACAAGCCAUGAAUAAUUUUGAAAAGUGUGUGAAACCCGGAGGUCUCCUGUUGAUCGACCAUAGAAAUUACGAUAAUAUAAUCAGUUCAGGCGAAACGGCAUCUAAAUGCUUGUAUUACAAUAGUAAUCACACUGUGGAUAUCAAGACUUCAGUGCUGUUUAUCGGAAGAGAACCAGCAUUGGUCACUUUAGAUUAUCUGAUAGAUGCUUCAUCAGCAAUUAAAAAUUCAUACACUAAUGGAAACGAGAACUCAUUGAGUGAAUUUCGUUUGUCAUACUAUCCCCACCGUUUGGAGGUAUUCAAAUCCAUGUUGAGAGAUGCUUUUGGUGGAGCAUCCGAAUACAAGAUUUAUGGCGAUUUCAAGACACUAGAAGAAGCUCCAGUUCCAGACUUCUAUAUACACGUAGUGCAAAAAUCUAUGCAGGCCUAAUACUAAUGAUAAAUGAAUAGUAAAUUCGUUUUUUUUUCUCAAUAUUAUAGAAUUAAGGUCAAAAUAUUAUAAAGCUUGAGGACCAUGAAAAAUAAUGGCGAUUGUAUUUGAUGGAAGAAAUUAAAAUUUAUUAGAUAAAUUCUAGACACAUUUUAAGAAUGUUGUUGACAUAAAAAUGAUUGAUUUUAAAAAUAACAAGAAUCGUUGGAAUGUGAGUUUUUAAUGAAGAUGUCAUGGUCGAAUUCAUAUUUUUGUUUAAACAAUGAGAAACAAAUUCGUUAUUUGGUAUAUUAAUCCAUCACAAUGAUAUACAUUUGUUUUAUGUGCCUUAUCACCAAAUUAUUAUCCAGACAUGCAUCUAACUAAAAUAUAAAGCUUUAUAAUUUCACAGAUACCUACAUUAAAAUUAUCCUUAAUUC